AUGGUUCCUCGUAAACAACCAUCUGGUGCCCAAAAUAGGAAAAGAAAAAGACAACAAGAAGAACUUACUCAAUCUUUACAAGGAUCUUUAAAUAGGUUUUUGGUCAGGCAUGAAAGUAAUAAUAACAAUGAACAUAAUAUUGAUGAAAAUAAUCGUGACGAAAAUAAUGUUGACGAAAAUAAUGUUGACGAAAAUAAUGUUGAUGAAAAUAAUGAUCAAGGAAAUAAUAUUGAUGAUAAUGAAAACGAAGAUGCUAGAACCUUUGAAGAUAAUGAAAAUCAAAAUCCUACCAAAGAAAGUAAUCGAAAUCUUGAAAAUGACUGUGAUGUUGGAGUUAAUUAUAAUAUUUUUGAUGUGAGAGUUUGGGAUAGUUUAAAUUCAAAAAUGAAAGAUUUAAUUGCAAUAAAAUGGCCAGUAAGAGAAACUAAUUUAAGUUAUCCAGUAGAUAAAGUAGGUAGACGCUUCUCUUGUUUGCAUUAUGUACGUAAUCUACGAAAUGGUGAUACAAGUGAUAGAAAAUGGUUGGCUUACUCAAAAGAGGUCGAUAAAGUAUUUUGUUUUUGCUGUAAGUUAUUUAAGACUGCCACAACUAGAAGUCAACUAGGGAGUGAAGGAAUAAAUGAUUGGAAACAUCUUAGUGAUACUUUAAAAAAGCAUGAAAAUAGUUCUGAACAUAUGAUUAAUUUAAGAACUUGGUCUGAGCUGCGGUUAAGGUUAAGUACAAAUCAAACAAUUGAUAAAAAGUUACAAGAAGUUAUUAAAAGGGAUACCGAAAUUUGGAAAGAAGUAUUAGUUAGAAUACUUGCUCUUGUUGAAUGUCUAGCAACAUAUAAUUUGCCAUUUCGUGGUACAAAUGAAAAGCUUCAUGAAAAAUCUAAUGGAAACUUUUUAGGAAUACUUCAAAUGAUUGCUAAGUUUGAUCCAGUAAUGAAAGAACAUUUUCGUAGAAUAGAAAACAAAGAAAUCCAGUAUCAUUAUCUUAGCCAUAAAAUUCAAAAUGAAUUGAUUGAAAUGAACACUGGACUUGAUAGAGCUAUUAUUGAAGCUAAAAAAAUUGUUGAAGUCAUUGAUAUUGAACCUGAAUUUAUUGUUAAACGUGUUUCGUAUAGGAAAAUACAAUUUGAUGAGAUUCCAAAUACUGAAAGAGAACAACAAUCUGCUAAAGAAAAUUUAAGAACCGAUUACUUCCUUGUUUUAGUUGAUAUGGCUCUUUCACAAAUAACUACUAGAUUUGAAUAA